AUGCUUGCGGAGGGUGUCAAUGUCACCUUCUACGAUUUUUUGGGUGUGAAGCCCAGCGUUAGUCAGUCGGAUCUGUCGAAGGCGUUCCGUAAAAGAUCGAAGCAACUCCAUCCAGAUAAGGCCAAACGUGCCUUCCUUGCAUCUCGUGCCAAGCCUACUCGAAAACCAUCCGGUAAGGCAAAGCCCGGCGUGCACGUUGGAAAACGGCCUUCGGAGCGAGAAAUCCAACAGGUAGCAAAGCAGGCCACCGAGCGCUUUGCACGGCUCGGUAUAAUUCACGAUAUUCUUAAAGGCCCGGAGCGAGAGCGAUACGACUACUUCUUGAAUAACGGUUUCCCCAAGUGGAAGGGAACCGGAUACUACUAUUCUCGAUUCCGCCCUGGACUGGGCAGUGUUCUGGCUGGUCUUUUUCUCGCAUUUGGCGGUGCUGCUCAUUAUCUGGCACUUGUUCUCAGCUGGAAAAGACAGGUUGAGUUCGUGGAUAGAUAUGUCCGACAUGCUCGCCGGGCUGCCUGGGGCGACGAGCUAGGCAUUCAAGGCCUAGGUAGCUUGCGAAAUUAUGACGAUAAGGCGUCUACUACAGAGCCCAUAACUGACGAGGCUGCGGAGGAGCCGAUUGUUAUGAAUCGACGACAGAAGAGGAUGAUGGAGAAAGAAAGUCGUAAAGAGAAUAAGAAAGCUAAGAAGGAAGGAUCUCCGGGUACUGCUACACCAACCAACGUCGUCACAUCGGUUGGGGACAGAAAGAGGGUUGUCGCUGAGAACGGAAAAGUUCUAAUCGUCGAUGCCGCUGGCAACGUCUUUCUCGAAGAGGAGACGGAGGAGGGAGAGAAGGCAGAGUUUCUUCUCGAUGUGAAUGAAAUCAGAAAGCCGACGAUUAGAGAUACCAUGGUCUAUAGACUCCCUGUAUGGUGCUAUGACAAAACCGUUGGACGUUUCAUCAAGGGCUCAGGCCCAGACGCACAACCAGCUAUUGAAGGCGACAUUGCUGUCGAGGAGUCUAUCGAUGCCAUACCGGUACCGGAGGUAGCUUCUGGAAAGGCAGCACGAAAAAGAGGGAAGAAAACGUGA